ACUAAUCUCAGUAUUCUCAGUGUCUUACAGGCACAAGCACCUUGAACAAGUCAAGAAUGCUGUCUAUGGAGUAUUUGUUAGAGUCAUAUUAUUAUUACUACUACAAAUUUUGUACGGUAUUAGUGUCAGCCUUGAUUAUUUUAAUACUUUGGCUAGCGACUAGGAAAAAGACUAAAAAUGUAUGCGUUGUUGUGCUCGGAGACGUGGGCAGAAGUCCUCGAAUGCAAAAUCAUGCGUUGUCCUUUGCAAAGGAAGGUUACGAGGUCGACGUGGUAGGCUACGCCGGUUCCGACCCGCUCACUGAACUUCGGGAACAUCCUGAGGUCAAAAUAUGGUACAUGAGGCCUGUUCCGAAUUUGCCAGAGGGGCUACCUCGUUUGCUAUCGUAUGGAAUAAAGGUGAUCUGGCAAUGCGUAACCCUUUUGGCAACUUUUUUCACGAAAAGACGUUCGAGUUAUUUGAUAUUGCAAAAUCCACCUGGCAUACCGACCAUUCCAAUAUGCUGGCUCUUCUGUACGUUGACCGGCGUUCAGUUCACUAUAGAUUGGCAUAAUUAUGCUUAUACUAUACAGGCUCUGAAUUCUGGGUCUGACGACAUAUUUGUUAAAGUAACAAGACGUGUUGAAUUCUCAUUUGGACGACAGGCAAAGAGUAAUCUCUGCGUUAGUGAAGCAAUGAGAGCAGAUCUUCAGAAUAGAUGGAACAUAAGAGCCAAGGUGUUGUAUGAUCGGCCGUCUGAAGAAUUUCAUAGUAUUACUCUGGCUGAGAAACAUCUGUUUCUAUUGAAGUUGAGCAAAGUGUAUGAACAGCUGUGUGGCCAAGAUCAAAAAUCAACAGCAUUUACCGAAACUUUGGAAAAUGGCGAGAUUGCCCUUAGGAAAGAGAGGCCUGCCUUGAUUGUUUCCAGCACUAGCUGGACACCAGACGAAGAUUUUGAAAUAUUGAUAUCUGCUCUGCAAGAAUACGAAACCAACUGUUUGAACCAGGUUCAUGGUUUACCAGAUAUUAUCUGUUUUAUAACAGGGAAAGGACCUCUGAAAGAAUUCUACAGGGCUAUCAUGGAUCGGAAGAAUUGGCGGCACAUUACGGUCAUCACACCUUGGCUGGAAAAUACAGACUAUCCCAAGCUCUUAGCUAGCGCUGACCUGGGGAUCUGUCUUCAUGUUUCUUCUAGUGGAAUAGAUUUGCCAAUGAAAUUAGUCGACAUGUUUGGCAGUGGGCUUCCUGCAUUUGCAUAUAACUAUAAAGGUUUGAACGAGUUAUUGGUACACGAUCGCAAUGGCAUGGUUUUUUCUGAUAGCAAGGAUCUGGCGCAGUUGUUGAUAAAAUGGUUUCAAAAUUUCCCUGACAAUGAAGAACAGCAGUUCAAGGAUAAAAAAUUCCGUGAGCAAUUAAAGCUUUAUCAAGAAGAACAUUGGCAUAAUCAUUGGUUGAAAAAUGCAGCACCUCUUUUUACAUAAAUGAGUUAUGUACUCGCCUUUUUAUCAGCGAACAUUACUUUCAUUACAAUUACGCUGAACGUAUUUGUUUCUUUUGCAAUUGAAGCAAAUCAUUCACCGCAAAGCGAAAAAAAAGGAACUGGUACGAUUAAUGCCAAACUUAUCGCAGUUGUAUAAGUAACUAAUUAUCGCUCAAGGUUGGUGUGUUUUCUAUGAAAUAAUAUGAUUAGUUUACUAUUAAUAACCGAAUUAACAUUAUAAUUAUGUCGAAGAAGUUCUAUUUAUUAGAAAUGAAGUUAUUCGACAAAAAUUCUAGUGUACUACAUACCUGUGAUUUUUCUAACAAUAUAUACAAAAUAGUUUUUCAAUGCCUUGGAGUAUUGAGGCCUAUUUUACACAAAUACGUUAAUAUUGAAGAGCUGUGGGUGCGCAAAUUUUUUUUAUCGACCUUAAUCUUAAUUGCUUUAAUCGUUGUUUUAUUUCACAGAGUAUAAUCUCGUUUACUUAACUUUGCUUCAGUCCAUAUUAAUUAUUAAUUUCGAAUCAAAUAUAUGUUACGUUUUAUGUUGUA